GAGGGAGGGAAAGGUGGUCACAGAGGAGAGGCAAAGCAACGGGAGGUGGAGGAUCCUGGAGGUGACUGCAAGGAGAGUACGCAGUGGCGAGGGGCUGCAGAAGCGGACCCAGCGACUUCUGCGCCGACGCGGUGCAGGCAGGAGAGAGGAAGAGAGGGGAGCGCGGUGGCGCUGCGGGCUGGCCCCGCCGGGGAGGGGGCUGCCAUGUCCCGUGAGCGGCCCCCGGGCACCGACAUUCCCCGCAACCUGAGCUUUAUUGCCGCGCUAACGGAGCGCGCCUACUACCGUAGCCAGCGGCCCAGCCUCGAGGAGGAGCCAGAGGAGGAGCCAGGCGAGGGCGGGACGCGGUUCGGGGCACGAUCCCGCGCUCACGCACCUAGUCGGGGCCGCCGGGCCCGCUCAGCACCAGCCGGAGGCGGCGGGGCUCGAGCGCCCCGCAGCCGUAGCCCAGACACCCGCAAGAGAGUGCGUUUCGCCGACGCACUGGGGUUGGAGCUGGCUGCCGUGCGCCGCUUCCGUCCCGGUGAGCUGCCCCGGGUGCCCCGCCACGUGCAGAUCCAACUGCAGAGGGACGCCCUCCGCCACUUCGCGCCCUGCCAGCCCCGCGCCCGCGGCCUCCAGGAGGCGCGCGCCGCCCUGGAGCCGGCCAGCGAGCCCGGCUUCGCCGCCCGCUUGCAGGCGCAGCGCAUCUGCCUGGAACGCGCGGAGGCGGGCCCGAUGGGCGUGGCCGGGAGCGCGCGCGUGCUGGACCUGGCCUACGAGAAGCGCGUGAGCGUGCGCUGGAGUGCCGACGGCUGGCGGAGCCAACGCGAGGCGCCCGCCGCCUACGCCGGCCCGGCCCCGCCUCCGCCGCGCGCCGACCGCUUCGCCUUCCGCCUGCCCGCGCCACCGAUUGGGGGCGCCCUGCUCUUCGCUUUGCGCUACCGUGUGACAGGUCACGAGUUCUGGGACAACAACGGCGGCCGUGACUAUGCUCUACGUGGGCCCGAGCACCCGGGCAGUGGCGGAGCCCCGGAGCCCCAGGGCUGGAUCCACUUUAUCUGAGACGAGGCGCCUGUGGCCGACGGCUGAAAACACCAAAGGCACCCGGGGGCUGGGGGACCCGAUGUGGCGGGGAGGAAUAGGAGAGACCAGGAUUGGUGGGGAGCAGUCCAAGGGAGUCAAGCCGGGGAGGGCAAGAAGGGUGGGGAAAUCAGGGGCGUGGGGGCGGGGGGGCCGGGGGAGUGGGCGGAACCAACGAAGCUCGGGGAGAUCCGGGUGUUAAAAGCUGGUUGGAUGUGAGUGAAAGGGACCCAGACUGUAGGAGGAAGGAGACCCGAAACGGCACCGGAGGGAUUAGAAAAAAAGGAAAAGAAUGGGGAUGAUGGUGGCGUUCCCUUCAGUGAGUGGGCACUGGGAGAAAGGGAGGAGGUCCAUCAGGCCUAGGCAGUUGAAGAAGGUUAAGAACCUUUUGGAGACGGAGGAGGUAUGACGUGAAGUAGCCCACCCAGUCGAAGUCAUUUAGAUUGCUGGCGCAUUCCCUCUUCUUACCCACCUUUUCCACCUCAGAUCCCCCGUCCUAGCUUUAACUCAGCCAUAAUUGCCUUGCUUAAUCCCAGGAAUCUGGCCACUGCUCCUUGGUCCUUGGCAAUAGGACGGGAUUCCCUUGUCACCUCUGACAGUUCCUGGCUGCAGUGUCCGCGGACUGGCUGGGGAGUGAUGACAGGUAGCCAUCAGAGCUCCAGCCUCCAGGCAGCUUUAGGGAUUAAAAUGGAGGCCAAAGCAACUCCAGACCUGUUUUUAUAGCCAAAUACUGUGGUGCCUCCGGGGUUGUACACUCAGGGGCUUCCAGGAAAAUGCCAACCUUACCUUUCUGGAGUGCCUUUUAACAACCUCCAAGCACUUUAUGGACUGUUUGUCGAGGGACGGUGAAUCAGGAGAAUGACUAUUCUGAUUUCCUUCGUCUCCGAAAAGGAAUUCCCUGACUAUAUAACUUUGGGCAAGUUACUUCACCUCUUUGUGCCCCAGUUUUUUCCUUGGAAAACUGGAUUUAGGUUAGAUGAUCUUUUAAGGCUCCUUGUACGAUAUUUUGUGAUCUGUACAUGGCAGAGUAUAGAUUAGAAGCCACAUUUUGCAACCUAGUGCUAUGGUUCAGAAUACAUAGUACCCCAAGCGUCUGGCUGGGGCCGAGGAUGGGUCCUCCAGUUCUUGGCACAGAUGUUCCAGAGCCCACGAAGCAUCCCAUAACCAACCAUCAGCCCAUCAUCUGCUCCAUUUUGCUCUUGCCCUCACAGACUUUCAGCCUCCAUGCUCUGAGACAACUGUGGAUAAGUACAUCUCUUUUGGUGAAAAUGAUGCUUGAGAACCCAAAAGAUUAAAGGAAACAAUGUUAGGGGCUUUUGUGGGGAUAAAAGAUAAUGGGUAUGUGGAAUAGAAACAUUUCAAAUGAAGAAUCAAAACAUUUCAAUCAAUCCACUUGGUUGUAAAAAAACAAAACAAACAAAUAAAACACCUAAGCAACUUGAAUAGUAAAUGGCACCAGAAGAUGGCAGUCUGCUCCAUAACCAGAGCAAGUGCAGUGGGAAAGCUGGACUCUCAUACCCACUCACAUUCAUGCCUUACGUCUCUCCUCCUGGUUAACCUUAAGAGGGGAGUGAUUCCUCUGCUGGUUGCUGCUUUUCCUUUUCUCUUACCCUAUUCCUAACCUCUUUGCUUCUCUCUUUCUUUCCUUGUGUCUCUCCCUUCUCAUCACUUUUUUUCUUUUAACAUACAGGGCAUUUACCUUCAUUUUGUCUAUUUCCAUUUGUUUCCUUCUUCAUUCUUGUUCAUCUCUGUUAUUCCUUCUCCCUCCAGAAGGGAUGGAAACCCUAUUUUCUUUUCUCCAAGACUGUAGUUGGUCUACUUUCCUCACUCGGGCUCCUUGACAGUCUUCUAGAAGAGAGAAGGAGGAAAAGAAGCAGUUUCUGAUGUUACAAAUGAACAAGGAUCUCCCAGAACUAUGACUCGAUCGUAAAAUCUGUUUUAUUUGCAUGCAUGCCCAAAACAACCCUAUGAGUAGAACAUUAUCAUUAUCUGUAUUUUAGAGAUGAGGAAACAGGAUCAGAGAAGCUCAGUGAUUUGUUCAAGAUCACACAGCUAGUAAAUGGCAGAAGUAGGAUUGUGAACCCAGGGAAUCUCCAGAGCCUCUGUGUAACCAUGAUGUUAUAUUUUUUUCCUCUUUUAAAACAAAAUUAAAAACCUUGCUAUAAUCUCUUAUGAAAAGACCAUAGUUUCUGAUUGUGCUCUGCCUUCCCAUCCUGCCAAUCUUCUGGACUGGCUUGGAGAAGACGGGGGGCCCCCAAGCUUCAUCUGUGACUUAAAGGAGUUUGCUGCUGUCUCCUGUGUCAGUGUCCCAUCAGCACGGGACCCCCCUCACCUGCCUACUUACACUCUAGCCUUUCCAUACAUUGGAAUUGUCUCCUGGCCCUAGCCAGCGCUCCACACCUGUUGGUGUGCCACCUCCCUCCCUCUUCCCCCACUGGCCUUGAACAGAUAAACCCCCUACUGUUGCCACUAGGUUGGGUCCAUGACUGAGACACCUGCUAGAGGGUCUGUGCUUGGGCCUUUUCUAGGAAUCCUGAUGUUACUGGGUAAGUGCCAACUCUGUGGGCAGAAUGCUAAUGAUAAUCCUGUUCCCUAAGCUCUUUCUCUCUGAGAAGUACCCUGGCUCACUGCCCCCAAUCUCAGCUUUAUAGAACAACAUUUUGGUCUUGAUUAUUCCCAUAUUGAGCUGCCCCAAGGCUUGGGUAAGCUGUUAGUUUCCCCACUGCCUCAGGGCUGGGUCUGGCUGAGCUACUUUCUUACGCACACAAAUAAUGGGUGUCUCCUUGGAACCUGACUUUACAUAACUGUCAGUGCUACCAAACCUUGUAAAAUAGGGAAGAAACUAAUAUUUCUUGAGUGGCUCUCUGGAGAGAUUCCCUGCCCUGAUGCCUUUGGUGUGUACUCCUUUCCCAGGACUUCAGCACUGAGAUUUUCCCAACCCCCUGGCUUUCUCUCGCGUUGGGUUGAGCUGAUUCAGCACUACCACAAACCCCACCAUCUGCAAAUCAACCAAGAUUAGUCAGUAUGCCCUUUCUAUCUUGCACUGCUCUUCCAAAACUUCCGUCUGUAUUUCUCAUACCCCCAGUAAGCAAAGCUGAGUGUGCUAGGAGAGAGCUGCAUCCACUGCUUUCUCCCAGCCAGGUGCAGUCUAAUCUGACACAGGGAACGCUAGAAGUUUAGCGGAAUCUUCAGCCACCCUAUUAAUGUGUCACACAUUAGGCGUUAUGGUGGAAACUCCUCUGACGGCUCAUGACUGUAUGAACAGGAGCAAUUUGGAAUAUAACAUGCCAGCGGUGCACUGGGAAGUGCUGUAAGAGAAAACACUACCAAGGUCAUAGGCUUGGGUCCUUGAGGCAAUCCAGCUCUGUUGCCCAUUCCUCUCAUCCAGACCGCAGAUAUCUUCCUACACCUACCUGUCCCAUAGCUUCCGUCCUGUUUUGUUUGUUUUUCUUUGUGAAUGUAGAAAAACAUUUCAUUGUGAGCCCUAGCUUCUCGGUUUUCCAUCUAACACCUACAUUCCCUUGUUUCUAACUGCUAUGUUUUUCUGGAGCCUGUUGGGGUCUUUACAGUUUGCAGGUCACAGAAUCAGACCUGAAAAGGCUUCUCUUCAGACAUCAUUGGCUCCAGGCUCCUUUACAGAUGAGAACACAGGUCCAGAGGUGAGAAACGACUCUAGCAGGGUCAUAGAAUUUGUUAGUGCAGCUCAAGAUGGGACUUAAACUCAGGCCUCCUUAUCGCAUCCCAUUCCCAGGCUAAGAAACAGGUCUGUGCUGGGUGUAGUAGUUCAUACUUGUAAUCGCAACACUUUGGGAGGCUGAGGCAGGAGCGUUGCUUGAGCCCAGGAGUUUGAGACUUAGCGACAUAGUGGGACCCUGUCUCUAGAAAAACUUAAAAAAUUAGCUAGACAUGGUGGCACACGUCUGUAGUCCCAGCUAUUCGGGAACCUGAGACAGGAGGAUCGUUUGAGCGCAAGAGUUGGAGGUUACUGAGCUAUGAUCACACCACUACACUCCAGCCUGGUGACAGUGAGACCCUCAAAAAAUAUAUAAAAUAAAAAUAAGAAAAGAAGGAGGUCUCUACACAAACCCGUGAUUUUCCAUGGCAAGGGAUAACAUCACAAAUGUUUCAUUUUCUGCUCUUAGUUUCCAUUCCUUUCCCCAUCCAGGCGAAAAAGAGAAACAAAAGACAAUGACAGUAUUUUCUGUGUCCCCAACUUUGGCACUUUUGUUGAUGUUGCUAAGGAGCAGUGACCUUGCUAAAAAGACUGAAUAAUCCAUCCACUGAAUAGCUAACCUGGGGAGGAAAUGAAAAUUUCCUAUGUGAAUCUCCCCAAAUCAACCCUGUGCACUUGGCCCUCAACCCAAUAGUAUUGUGCCUCACUUGGACUUCCAUGGGCAACUGCCCUCCCUUCUGGACAUAAAACCUCACAUUUUAAAUAAAGUUGAAAUAUGAAAAGAAAGUA